CGGCCGGGGCCUGAUAAUACGGGGCAAUCAAUUGGCUAGAACACAGUGCCGGCCGAUAGUCCACUCUUCAGAGUCUCCUCGCUGGCUCGCGCGGAGACACACGCUGCUGUUCGUAGCUGCUGGUGCCGUGACACGCACACCAGUCACGCGGAGUGAUCGGCUGCCUGACGGCCCCCGUGAAUCAGUGUUCGCCGCGAGCUUAGUAUUUCUCCGUCCGUUGUUAUCGUCGCGGAUAAAAGUAGGGGGGAGGAAACACUCCUCCGUCGACUAAUCUGUAAUUGUAUGGAAAAUUGGAAAAUUCUUUUUCGACGAACUCGUUAUCUCGAGUCGGUUCGAAAGAGAUAGGCACGGGUGACGAGCAAUGUCCCUCAGAGGAAUCAUUGCUUAAUCGUUAUGCAAAUCUGCUGAGAUUGAAAGAAACGAAAAGAAAACGAAUUAAACGAUAAACCGUCACCAUGCACAAUUUCACAAAAUUAAACUGCGGCAAUGGUGGGGCGACGUUACUCUCCAAAGGGAAAGAUACACAGGCAUUUCGUGAGAGGACCAAGCGGGAUGCCCUGAUCGAGCUGCAACAGGAAUUAGAAAAGCUUCUGGACACUACGCCUCCAGGGGAACUGAAGGAGGAUCUGCAGCGCAAUUUCAACGGAUUCACUGAGUUGUUCCAACGUUUCCUCCAAGAGGAAGGUCCAUCGCUAGAAUGGGAUCGCAUACAGAAACUUCCAGAAGACGCGAUAAAAGAUUACAAUAUUUUGCCAACCCCGGACGGAGAAGAAGCCAGAGCCCUUCUAAAUAAAUUGGUUGUUAUUAAAUUGAAUGGUGGACUGGGAACUAGUAUGGGAUGCCAUGGACCAAAGUCUGUGAUAGCUGUUCGUAACGGACUCACAUUUCUUGAUCUUACUGUUCAGCAGAUCGAGUAUUUGAACAAAACUUAUAAUGCCAAUGUACCUCUGAUUUUAAUGGAUUCUUUUAAUACCGAUGAUGAUACGCAACGAAUUAUCAGGAAGUACAAAGGGAUAGAUGUUGAUAUUUAUACGUUUAAUCAAAGCUGUUAUCCUCGCAUCAAUAGAGAUUCUUUACUCCCGAUUGCGAAACACACUGAUAUUGCGGAAGACAUUGAAGCAUGGUAUCCUCCUGGUCAUGGAGAUUUCUAUGAAAGCUUCAGAAAUUCAGGUUUACUGAAGAAAUUUUUGAAAGAAGGUCGCGAGUAUUGUUUCAUUUCAAACAUUGAUAACCUUGGCGCAACUGUUGACUUCAAAAUUUUGAAAUCAUUAUUGGACAAACGCGAAACGUCACCCCUUGAAUUCGUUAUGGAAGUUACCGAUAAGACUCGCGCUGAUGUCAAGGGUGGAACGCUAAUUAAAUAUGAAGAUAAGCUUCGCCUUCUUGAAAUCGCACAAGUCCCAAAAGAUCAUGUAGAUGACUUUAAGUCUGUGAAAACUUUCAAGUUCUUCAAUACGAAUAAUUUGUGGAUCAAGCUUAGCGCUAUCGAGAGGCUAGUUGAAUCGAAUUCUUUAAACAUGGAGAUUAUUGUUAAUAAUAAGACUUUCUCAAAUGGCCUGAACAUUAUUCAAUUAGAAACAGCUGUGGGAGCUGCGAUGAAAUCAUUCGAUGGAAGUAUCGGUAUAAAUGUUCCACGUAGCAGAUUUUUGCCAGUAAAAAAGACCUCAGAUUUAAUGCUUGUUAUGAGUAAUUUGUAUACUCUUCGCAAUGGUUCCUUAGUAAUGAGUCCUCAACGAAUGUUCCCCACAACACCCCUUAUAAAAUUAGGCGGUAACCAUUUCUCCAAGGUCAAAGAGUUUCUCACCAGAUUCCCAACUAUACCAGACCUUUUGGAGCUGGAUCAUUUGACGGUGUCAGGUGAUGUUACUUUCGGUAAAGGUGUAACUCUGAAGGGAACGGUUAUUAUCAUUGCAAACCACGGAGAACGCAUUGAUCUCCCGUCAGGCACGAUCUUAGAGAACAAAAUAGUUUCUGGCAAUCUUCGUAUUUUGGAUCAUUAAAUGAUCCGUCAUAGAAAGAGUGUGUUUGACUGUUAUUAGUUGAAAGAGAGAUCGAAGAGAAAUGCGCAUAAUGUAUGUUCGUUUAAUAUGAAAAAUUUAAUCGUGUCUUAAACAAGAACAUGUUACGAUUGUACAUAAAAACAAAAAACAUAAAAUGAAUUUUCAAGCAAAAUAAUUUAAAUUUGUAACAUGAAGGUAUAUGUAUACUAUUUUCGAUGUAGCAGUAAGAAGAUACUAAAAUUAUAGUCAAAUUUCAUGUUGUUUAAAAUA